GGUGUUUCUGGACUGGUCUGAUUGAGCAGGAUCCAGUGCGACGAGAAACGUCCUUGUACAGCCUGCAUAAAACAUUCACUACCAUGCAGCCUCGUCACCGCCGCCGCCGUAGGAUGUAAGGGCCGCAGCCCAGCUGUGGCCAGACAGACAGAGCGGCUAUAUAGAAUAGUAUCGGACGAGCGGUCGCCACUCACCUCCCCUUCGUCAAAUCCGUCUGUCGAGCCAUCGCCAGAUCUGGAUAUGGGAAGACAGUCCCAUCACAACCAGGCUCAGGAUGCCUCACCACCUUCGCCCGAUCCAUUCGCCUGCUUCGUCCGGUUUCUGGCCGAGAGUCCGACGCAGUGCUCCAGCGAUUGGAUUGCCGCCGCUGGAUUGAUGCAUCACUAUUGCACCGUUGCCUAUCGCACCAUAUCUGCAAACACUGAGGCCCAAAACGCCCUGCAGCUUGAUGUGCCCAGGGAGGGACUCCAUCAUCCGUUCUUGCUGCACCAGAUUCUGGCCUUCUCAGGACUCCACCUGGCAUUCCAGCAGCACGAUCAUCGUCAAAUGUAUCUUCUGCAAGCUUCUCAGCAUCAGGGCCAUGCGAUAACUGGCUUGAGGGAAGCCUUGGCUGGCACCAUCACCUCAAACAAUUGCCACGCAAUCUACGCAACGUCUACCUUCAUCAUCCUAGGGGCAUUCGCCAUACUUCCCUGUUACGAGGAGCGCAGCAACUUCGUCUGCACAAUCGAUACUAUAUUAGAGAUAUUCACAUUAAUUAAAGGGAUGGGAUUGAUAGUGUCCAGCACUGCUGAGGAUCUCAGAGGUGGACCUCUAAGAGGCAUAUUCAACCAGACCAAAGACCCCCGAGGGAGAGCGCCAAUGCAGGAUCUCCUAUUUCACAUAUCCACCCUGAAGUCCCUUUUCGAACGCACUGAUAUGCUCGACCACCAAGAAAGAGUCUGUAUGGAAGCGGCGACAUCUGCUCUCUGUGACUGCCUCUCGGAAGGAUAUUCCAGCGAUGGUGUUUUGGUAACUGAAAAGUUGCGAGCCAUAAUGCGAUGGCCGUUGUUCUUACCUGAUGGGUUCCUGGGGUAUGUUCGGCGUCGGCAUCCUGCUGCAAUAGCCAUCCUACUGCAUUACUCCGUCAUGUUGCAUUCUGCGGAGCGGAAUUUUUGGUUUCUCAAUGGAUGGGCCGCGGCGCUAGUCAAGGCAAGCGAUGGCCUGCUUGCUGAGACACCAUGGGCAGCCAUUACCCAAUGGGCGAUUGACACCGUAGCGUACGGAGUUCAAAGCAAAGUAUAGUGAAAUCUCACAUAGCUGAGCACCUCUGCAACGACACUGCAAUACAGAGCAGCACCGUGUUUCUCACUUUUCUAACCUCAGGCUUACCAGGCACUGCACGCCCAAGGCUGGUAACUUAAAUAUUGAGGCACCAUGAGAGGAAGGUCGUGUCUUUCGAUUGCAAUUAGAACGUAUUCAUGCCCAAGUACCUCGAUACUCUCUGGCUAUCUUGUGAGACCACGGUCAGAAUUAUGCGAGACAACUCAGGGUCGACGG